AUGGUGUUAGUUUUGGCAAUGACUGGAUUAAAUAGUGAUGGAGCUAUUUGUCCAGCUGCUUGCAGGUGUGAAAAUGAUAUUCUUACAACUUCUUGUUCUUCUGCCAAUUUGGAGUUCGUUCCUAUUCAGUUAAACCCAGAACUGCAUGAGUUGGAUCUUUCUAAUAACAAAAUAUCGCAGAUUCACUUUUCCUUUCCGUUCUACGAAAAAUUAGUUACUUUGAACCUAUCGAGAAAUCGAAUUAAAACAUUGGGCAAUAAUAAUUUCGAAUCUCAAAUAAAUUUGACCCACUUAGAUUUAAGCACUAAUCAAAUAGAAAAUAUAACGAAAGAUUCUCUCAAAGGACUUAAAGCGUUGACGUACCUAGACCUAAGUAGGAAUAAUUUAGGAGAACUACAGGAACCAGCAUUCCGCGAACUACAUUCCCUCAUUGUUCUUAAGCUUCGAGAAAAUAAACUGGCUCAUCUAGAGGAAGAAGUACCAACCAACUGCUUAGUUGAUACAGUUAACUUAAAUUAUUUAUCGUUGUCUAAAAAUUAUAUCCGUGAAGUAGAAGACGGGAAAGUGCCAACCUUACCAGAACUCCAUACCCUACUCUUAGAUGAUAAUCUUAUAACAAAUAUUCAUUCUGGUGGAUUAUCAAGUCUUGUAGCUCUUGAUUAUUUGGAUUUAAGUAAUAAUAAUCUCAAGAUUAUACCUACAGAAUCUCUUUCCAAACUGUCUAGUCUUAGUAUAUUAAAAUUAAGUGGUAAUUUUAUAAGUGAUAUUCCACCUGUAGCAUUUAGAGGUUUGUUUCAUUUGAAAAUACUUCAUAUAGAUCGCCUAGAAACGUUAAAAAAAAUUGAUGCAAGAGCAUUUGUUGACAAUAUUAAUUUAGAAAAAGUAAAUUUAAAUUACAAUAUAGGAAUAAGCAAAUUGCCAACACGUCUUUUCCAUGGUAACCCUAAAAUCACAUCUAUCUGUGUGCGUUAUAAUAGUCUCCAAACCAUAGAAGCAAUUCACUUUCCUUUAGAUCAAUUAAGAGAACUCAACUUAGGAGGGAAUCCACUGCAAUGCAAUUGCUCCUUGGGGUGGCUGUGGCAGCUUAGCCAAGAGUACAAAUCAAAACCCUCGAAAUCAAAUAGUACGAAUAAAGACCAAAAUGCGAAAUUUACGAAUUAUGACCUGUUACUCGACGUGGACGAUAUCAAGUGCGACGGGCCUCUAAAACUUAAAGAGGCGCUUUUGUCGAAUGUCACCAAAAGCCAAAUGGACUGUUCGAAUGGUUGGAUGGCCAUUGUAUCAGUGACUCUAACCGUUCUCUUUAUCUUAAUAGUAAUAGGUGGAGUUGUAUAUUGGGCUCCGAAACGUAAAUCCAAAUUAAGUACAAAAGAUUUAUCUAUUCACGAAAGUCUUCAAAAUUUACCUUCCACAAACAUUAACAAAAAGUCUGAGUUAUAUGAAACGGCACAGGCAGAAAAAUAUAUUUUGCCAAAUCCAAUUAUUAUUCAUAAUGAAUAUCAUAGUUUACCAUCCUGGGACCCUUAUGGUGAAAGUUCUGUAAAUAUAUAUGAACAAUUAAAUUUUAAUAGAGAUCGUCCACAUAUUGUUUAUGUGUAA